UAUUGAUUUAAAUGAAUGUGUAUAAGCUGAUAUAAAUGUUUACUUUCUGUAUUUAUUUAUUUGUUUGUUGUUUUGUUGGUUCUCCUGGUGAGUGGCCAUGAUGGGACAAACAGUCACCCUCGCUGGACGCUUGGGGUCUCCGCUAUGUCGCUCCUGGUCCUCCUCUGUGCCGCUCCCUGAUCUCCCCAGACGACACCACCCAACAGGCAGUGGGAGCAGAAAGUACAGGACAGGGCAGGAGGCGGGGCCAAUGAGUUCCUCUCAGAUCAGCCAAAUUUUAAAGGUGAGAUCUGUUGCUUUUAAGUGCCUGUUGAUCAAAAAGUCAAAUGAGAGAUCAGUCUGACUGUCUUGUUUUGACAGGCCAACGAAUAUAGCCACACCCUCCCCAGAGGCCCCGCCUCCCAUGGAGUCCUGGGUUUCCAUAGUAACAUGUUACCAUCUAACCACCCCGGGGAGGACCGUCGUAGCAGCGCCACAUGCCUGCCAGGCCGUGGUGGUGUACUAUUUGGCGUGUUUGACGGUCACGCAGGACCAGCAUGUGCUCAAGCUGUCAGCCAUAGACUCUUUUACUACAUUGCUGUGGCAACGCUGCAGCUGAGGAUACUGGCAGAGCUUGAACGAGCAGUGGAGGAAGGACGGGCUGUUCCACCACUGCUGGAGUGGCAUAAAUAUCCCCAAAACCACAGCUGUCCCGAUGAAGGAGCGACCUCUUUUCACAGCCUCCGAAACUACUGGCAGGAGAGGCUGGAGGAUGAAGAUGAAGAGGAGGAGGAGGACGAAGAAGAGGUAACCAGAUGUCCAGAAAAAGCUGAACCUCACACCCCUUAGAAGAAGUCUGAUCUCGACAUUAAAAAAUAAAUCCAUGAAAAUCAAACACCACGUACACAGCUCAGAGGUGAAGUUCAAUUAGGCCACACCCCUGAUUAUGAACAAGUCCAGAAAUGUGAAAAUUUAGCCAUGUGUAAGUGUCAUAAACAAAGAAUGAGCAAAAGGGACUGAAACUAUUUCUGUACCAUGCAGUAAACAUAUUUGUUUCUGCUGUAAAGUUGGAUAUUGGCCCUAUGGGGACUGACUCACUAAAGGAUACAGCCUCAAGUGGACACUGGUGGUAAUGCAGUGGAUUUUUUAAAUCACAAUAAUGAGUCUGAUUUUUCACUGUGACGUGCCAGACAUAAAUUGUAACAUCAUCUUUUAAUAUGAUAUAAAAUUGAAUAUAAGAUUUUUUUUCAAUUAUGGUCAUCAUAACUUUUUCAUUCUGAUUUCUUGUAGUAAAAAUGUAAUUUUCCUCUAAUUGGUUGCAGGAUAACGGGAGGAUAUCAUCAGCACUGGUCAAUGCUUUUCGCCGCCUUGAUUACGACAUCUCUGUGGAGGCCCAGGUCCACCUGUCCAUGUUCCCAUCCAGGUCCUCAUUCCAUUUGACUCGUCCUCAAUGACAGAUUAAAUCAAACAAAGUUAAAGUUGCAGUUUUAUGUGUUUAAUUCUUAUGAUGCACACACACUUCUUUUAAAUGAAAGGCGACUGAAAAGAAAGCAAUUUUUUUUCUGGUUUCCUUUACGAACAAAAUUUUUGCAAAUUCACAGAUUCAUCUUCUAAAAAGUCAGACCCCGAAUUCAAAUACUAAAGCUGUCAUGGAAUAGUAGAUGUUAUAAACAUCAGGUUUGAUUUUUCCUGAGUCUCUGAAAGGACAGAUAUUUGCAGGUUUUGUUGAAUAAAACAAACCUCCAUUAAGUUUUGUGAAAAGUAGAUGCUUUUGGUCUUUUGGAGUUUUCUUUUUUCCACGUGACUUUAAAAAAAAAUCUCUUAAAAUUUGUUAUUUUUGAGUUUUUGACAUAUCCUCAUUAUUUUUCUUUUAUGCUCAACAUUUGGAUUUAAAUUUCUUAUUUUGGGACUUUUUUAAAUUUGACUUUUUCUUUACAUUUCACCUUUUUCCUUUUUAUUUACUUAUCUCAAAUGCAUAAAAAAAUACUUCUCCUUGAAAAUAUCUACAUUAAAACAAUCUGUUUUUGACAAAGAUGCUAACCUUAACCCUAAUAAUCAUUUGGAUCCUCGGUGUUCCAAUAUUAAUGAACUGCCUGAUCUUUUGUCCUGUACAUCAAACUUCCAAAAAGCUGGACCUUUGAGAGUCUUUAAGAGCUGGUUCAGAUUUUUAAAUUUCAUGAACUCUAUUUGACAGUCAAAAAAGGAAAAAAGUCCCACCAAAUGAAAAUCAAAUGAAGAGGACAGUCCUGGAUGUAACACUCAAUCCUCUCUCUCUAGCCACAGGCGGUUGUCUUUACCUGGGGAGGGGCUGUCCCAGAUGUCUCCCCUCAGGGUGGCACUGUCUGGCUGCACGGCCUGUGUCGCCCACAUCUCCAAUGGCGUCCUCCAUGUGGCCAACCUGGGUGACAGCCGGGCUGUGAUGGGUGUCCAAGAGUCAGACGGCUCCUGGUCAGUGGUCAGCCUCACCAACGACCACAACGCACAGAACCCAGAUGAGCUGCAGAGGAUUCUGGGAGAACACCCUCAAUCUGAGUGGAGGACAGUGGUCCGCCAUGACCGCCUGCUGGGUCUGCUGCUGCCUUUCAGGGCGUUUGGUGACGUUCGCUUCAAAUGGAGCGCAGAGAUGUUGGAUCGAGUUUAUGAAACCCGCCCUGAUGUAAUGUCUGUGGUCAACGAGGCAGUCAGGACGCAGCCGCUGCACUACCUGACCCCGCCCUACCUAAGUGCCCUGCCAGAGGUCACCCGCCACCGCAUCAGACCUUGUGACAAGUUCCUGGUCUUGGCAACUGAUGGGUUGUGGGAGCUGAUGCACCGACAGACUGUGGUCCAGCUGGUGGGGGAGCAACUGGCAGGUCAGAGGACUGAGAUUAGUUCAGAGGUGUUCAGACUAAAGAUGGAGCAAAGUCUGUAUCCUGAUGAUUUACUCUGCUGAGUUUGACCACAAGAUGAGUCAUGAUUAUUCAGAUGGGUGGCCACAAUCUGUCCCACCAAUAGAUACUGAAUGUUGCAAGAGAAAAAGCUGUUUUUCAGCAUUACACAACUUUCUGUUGCAGGUGUCAAAUUUAGUAUUUGCAUACAUUUCUCAUAAAGCCAUGUUUAGUUUCAGUAUUUGUCUUUGCACUGUUUCCAAUUCAAAAUACAGUGUAAUGAUUUGCAAACCAUCGAAUCUGUUGUAUCAACAUUUUACAGUGUCUGAACUCUUCUGGGAUUGGAGUUGUAAUCCUAACAAGUCUCAUUUAUCUCUGGUCUGGACACAUUGUUAGGGUUUAAAUAAUAAUUGCAGUUAAGCUGACUUUGAUUGUAAACUAAGAGUUGUUUGAUGCUUUGCAGGCCUUGAGCAACAGGGGCCUAUUAUCCCUGGCGCCGGUAUGACCCUGGGCGGCCUGCAGCGCCUCCUGCAGGAACGAAAAGGACGGGUUCUAUCAGUGCUGGAGGAUCAGAACGCCACCACCCAUCUGCUUCGUCACGCUCUAGGUGAUGAUGGAUAUGGAUCUGUGGCACCAAACCGUCUGGCCAAGAUGCUGAGCCUUCCAACAGACCUUGCCAGGAGGUACCGCGAUGACAUCACCAUCACUGUCAUCCAACUGAACGAGCUCAACCUUUAACGUGAUUACCUGCUGGAACUAACUUGUUAUACAACAAGCAGGUGACCGAUAAGUGAUGGUUAUUUUCACUCUGA